GUGGCAGAGCAUGGGCGUUCAGAGCGAUGUGCAAGUGCAGUUAGUCUCCCUGCUACAAACGUUCAACGGCGGGGCUGUGAUGAAAGCGUUGCAGGCCGUGGAGGCCGCGGGCUCUUUGCCGUUAUGGCAUGGGCAGACUGGCCCUCAACGCGACGCAGCCCUGGGCUCGUUCGUCACGGAUAUCCUGAAGUCCGGGCAGAACGUGUUCUCCAUUCGUUUCAACCUCAGGGCCUACAAUUCUUGCCUCGACAGCAGCCGCUCUAUCUCCCCAGCUGGGAUGACGCAGAUCAAGCAAGGUUUGCGCAAAGUGCUGUACCAGGGAGAGGCUCGAGAUUUGGGCGAGUAUAAGAUAUACACGACAAAGCUUGAGUUCCUGUCCAGGACGAAAGGGUACUCGGACGACGCCGAACUGUCGUUCAUGGGGAAGAAUCUAUUGAACGUCUCGAUGGGUUGGGCCGCGCCCAUGUGCAUCUACAGAACCACGUGUUGGAGUCGAAAUCUGACCACCCGGAUGGCCCGGGCCGUCCGGGCGUACAGGAAGGAGCUGAUGUCGGAUCUGAGGUUCAUGUGGCCGAAGGCGGUAUGCGUGGACGGGAAGCCUGCAGAGGGGUGCCACCUUGGGUUUUGUACUGAUCAGGAAGUCACUGAAGAGACCACGCAGUUCGCCAGCUGCGCGUUGACCCGGGCCCUGAACUACGUGCUCACUGGCGUGAUCCCCGAGCAUCUCCAGCGGGCCUCUGUGCUCGCCUCAAAAAUGGUGGAGAAGUUGCGUCGCUUGCGCGCAGCUCGCAAGCGCCCGGCCGCCGCGAAUCCGUAG